AAAAUACCCAAACAUCCCAUGCAUGAAAGUUCCAUGCCUGAUUUGCUGCAGUGUGCUGAUUGUGCACGUGAAUGGUGAAGACGCGUUCGGAAACAAAGUCCAGAGCUGUCUCAACUUGGUGGACCUGGCAGGGAGCGAGCGAGUGGACAGGUCAGAAGUCACAGGAGAUGGGCUGAAGGAAGCACAGCACAUCAACAAGUCUCUGUCAUGUCUGGGAGAUGUCAUUACAGCUCUGGCGGAGAAGAAGCCCCACGUCCCAUACAGAAACAGCAAGCUCACACUUGUGUUGCAGAAGUCUUUAGGUGGGAGUGCAAAAACUCUCAUGUUUGCCCAUGUGAGCCCAGAGGAGGACUCCUUCGGCGAGACUCUCAGUACUCUCAAGUUUGCCCAGAGGGCCUCCACUGUUGAGCUUGGCGCAGCCCGUUCUAAUAGAGAUAGCAGUGAGGUUUUAGAGCUGAAAGCACAGGUUGAGAGCUUGAAAAAAGCAUUGGCAAACAGAGAAGCUUCUUCACAAAUCAUAAAACCUAAGGACGAAGGCAUGAUGACGCCUAGUGAGAAACCAAAGGCGAUUCCACAGACCCCAUGCCUCACCAGAGGAAGAAGGCUAAGUCUUGAAGGGCAGUGCUCCUCCAAUAAGGACGAUCAUCGUUUUCGUCGUCCUAGAACUCCUCCACCACCCCCAAGGAUGACCAAAAGCCAAGUCUUUGCUGUCCCUCCCCAGAGUCCUACAGAGUCUGCUGCGAAGUGUAGAGUGGAGAAGGACGCGAAGGCCAAAACACCUGAACCUGCAGCAGUGGUCAGUUCUUCUACUACUCCUCAUAGAAGAAAUGAGCUUCAAACGCCAACGGGUAAAGCUUCUCAAAUAAGAAAAUCUCUGCGUACCAUAGGAAAGUUGAUCAAUGGAUCUGAUAAUGGAAAGAAAAAGAAGGAAGAGGCAAAGUCGCCAAUUGCAUCAUCUAAUGGAAGAACAUUAAGAAGGCAAUCACUUACAGGCAUCUUACCACCACCACCACCUGAGAAUUCCAGGAGAUCUUCACUCGGCUGGAGAUAGCCUCUUAAUGAGCUGUAUUUGAUGAUGAUGAUGAUGAUAUUCUAUUACUGUCUUCUCAGCCCGAUUCCCUUACAUGGG